AUGGGCGCAGCUGGGAGCCUGCUUCCCUGGGCGGUACCUCCUCCACCGAUAGUACUUCCGCCGCCGACAUUCGCGUCGCUGCUGUUAACUCGCCAGGGUGCAUUCAUCGUAGCAGGCAUCACAUUGGUGGCGUCUGCCUUGGGUUCCGCGAGCGCAGCCAACGCAGACGUCCUGCGAGGGAACCCAGCCAUGCGAGAGGCAGAGGAGCGCAUCCGGCGGCUCGAGGAGGAGCUCAGGCGAGAGCGCCAUGAGGGGCCUAUGCGAGACUUUCUCAGGAACAUCCAGAACACACGCGAGAUCGAAGAGACGAGACGUCGCCUGGGGUAUAAGGAGGGCAUGAUCCACUUCGCCGUCGCCGGGGUUGCAGGCAGCGGCAAGUCCUGCUUAAUCAACGCGCUUCGAGGCCUGUCCAACAACGACCCUCGCGCUGCGCCCGUAGGCACAGCCGAGACAACGAGGGAGAUCCACCGAUACGAAGACUCAGACGUUGCGCAGAAUCAGUUCGUGUGGUACGACAUCCCCGGCGCGGGGACGCUCAACCAGGCCUCGGAGGUCGACUACUUCCGGAAGCAAGGCCUGUACAUCUUCGACUGCAUCAUCUUGCUCGUCGACUCCCGCUUCACGGCGACGGACGUCGCUAUCCUGCGAUGCUGCAGUCAGACAAAGACGCCCGUGUACAUCGUGCGCUCGAAGGCGCUCCAACAUAUCUGCAACGCCGCUGAGGACAUGGUGGGAGAUGGCAGGGGCCUCGACGACCAGCGCGUCUACAUCGUGGACAGAAAGACGAUGCUGCGGUUGGUCACGUCCCGGACGGAGCAGAGCCCGUCGGAUCUGAUCCACGAGGAGGAACUGCUAGUCGAUGUCCUCAUACAGAUGAGCGAGCGGCGUCGGAACAACGCGGCUGCUCCCCCAUCGCCCACGGGCCAUUGA